AUGUCUAACAUAGCGGAGCAGAGGAUCAAACGAGAAUUUAAGGAAGUCGUCAAGAGCGACGAGGUGGCACUGUGCAAUAUCAAAGUGGAGCUGGUAAAUGACAGCUUGACAGAACUGAGAGGAGAAAUUGCAGGGCCCCCAGACACAGCUUACGAAGGAGGCAAAUUCAAAUUGCAGAUUAAAAUCCCAGAGACAUACCCAUUCAACCCACCUGAAGUAAAGUUCGUGACUAAGAUAUGGCACCCAAAUAUCAGCUCAGUCACUGGCGCCAUCUGUUUAGACAUUCUUAAAGAUCAGUGGGCAGCAGCCAUGACUCUGAGAACAGUCUUACUUUCCCUACAAGCCCUGCUGGCUGCAGCUGAGCCCGAUGAUCCCCAAGAUGCAGUCGUGGCCCAUCAGUACAAGGAGAACUUUGAUAUAUUUGAACGCACCGCUAGGCACUGGACUACAGCAUAUGCAGGAGGCCCCAAACGAGAUACAGAGCUAGAGGAGAAAAUCGUUAGUAUGAAAAACAUGGGUUUUGAUGAGCACAUGGCGAGAGUGGCACUUUCAACAAAGGACUGGGACAUCACCAGAGCAGCUGAGUACUUGAUCAGCUAA